GCUCUGGCCUUUUACGCUGCGUUGCUUAGCAACCACCAAAAACAACCGAGCGAAAUUGUCCGGUGCUUGAAAUUGUCAAAAUUAAAUUCAUAAAGUAACAAAAACCCGGAUAGCGAAUGGAGCGAGAGUUAGACGAGGACGAGUUGCAGGAUUUGUAUGCGUGGAUCGAUAAAAUUCAUCUUUCAAGACCUAAAAGAAACAUCGCCAAUGACUUCAGCGACGGAGUGAUGGUGGCUGAGGUCGUGAAACAUUUCUUCCCAAAGUUUAUCGACUUGCACAACUACACUCCUGCCAGCUCCACUCAGCAGAAGCUAAGCAACUGGAACCUCCUUAACAGGAAAGUGUUCUCCAAGCUGAACUUCCACGUGCCUGAGAAGUCAGUGAAAAAGAUUAUACUGCGAUCCGCGGGGGUGAUCGAAAGUGUGCUGAGUGGCCUCAGGGAAAAGAUAGAUCAGAAGUUGGACCAGAAGGCACACACCAUAUUAGAUUUGGAGUAUUAUGACACCAGGAACCCAGAGAAAACUCUCACAGAGUUUAAUCAGAGUGAGGCCAGAUAUCUGUCCGAGAUCGUACGCGAGGAGGUGAAACGGGAUGACAAGUUGAAAAUGGAGACGAGCAAACUACAACACACAGCUCAGUUUUAUUCCAACUUGGACCCAGCCGUACGCCAAAUGCUAAAGGAAAAAGAGCACGCAGCCAUGGCUUUGCAGGAGACAGUGGAGAUCCUGCAAAUGAAGGUGAGCAAGUUGGAGCGCCUGAUUCAGCUAAAGGACAUGCGGAUAGAUGAUCUGAGGCACAAUCUGGAGAUGUGUACCUGUGCAAAAGGAAAAUACACUGAUUCUAAACCCAGCAGCAUUUAAGCACUUUAAAGAAACUCUUAUUAUAAUUGCAAUCAACACUUUACAAUGUAAAAAGCAAAAAAUAAUUAUAUAAAACUUCCAUGAUUUUUUUUGUUUAGCGGCAAUUAAUCCCUCUACAAAACGAGAAGCAAGGUUCACAUGUAUUUCACAGUGAAACCAGGAAUUUUUUCCCCUUGGAAAUACUAAUAGGCCAUUUUCCUCAUACAGUUCAUUUGAAACUGCAUAAGCUGCCAAUUGACUGCUCAUAUAUAUUUGUUGAUUCUGGUUGAGAAUUUUUGAAAUAUUAAAAUAAAAAGCCCCAAAAAGAGAAAAAUAAACACAAAAAGUCUUGUUUGUAAGGAUAGGCUUAGAAAUACACCAGCAACUUUAUUCAUAGUGUACAUUUAUCUAAGUGAAAGUAUCAAGUGAGAUUUACUGUAUAUUUGCCUUUAUUAUUUUUUUCCUAUUUCUGUAGAGUAUUUAGUGUGCCUUUUUUUUUUUUUUUUUUAAAUAAUGAGGUUCUGUUCUGUGUGAAGCGGUAAUGUGCUUGUUUUUUGUUUUAAUUUUAAACUGCCAUCCUUUGUUCAGCUUGUAAUGUCCGACCACCCCGUGCUCAAUAAAUUGUCUAACCACUUUA